ACUGUGCCUUUUAUUUGGUGUAAGACUUGAUAUUGACAUAAUGACUGAAGAAGCAGAGUUAGCAUCCAAAAGCAUAAAAGACUUACUAUCUAAGAGAGCUAUGACAUCUGAAGAAGAAGUAGAUAUGACAACUUUUAAUUAA